GCCUAUAUUUUUUAUUUUAUAUGUCAUGUUGGAAAAAUAAAUACAUAGAUUUAUCGAAGGGAUGUAUUUUGUCUGUAAUCGUAGAGCUCCGACCAAGCUUUAAGUUAAGUAAAUAGUUAACAACUAUUUGAGACGUCCAUAUAUUCCUGCAUCUCAGUGUUUUAUCCAGUUUUAAUCUUCAGCCUUCCGUUAAUAGACAUGAGAUAGUGGGCGGUGACGAGCUAUAACGAACAGAACUUACAUCCAAUCAGAAUGCAGUCUGCAGAAAAUGUAACAAAACGUAUUUAAUGCGGAAGCGGAUGUUCUUGCACACCAACGAGCCGAUAGCGUGCAGCAUCACAUCUAUCGAUAUUAGUAGCAAACAUUGAAUACAGUUGUGAUCUUGCGUGUGUGAGACACCGAGGCCCAUUGAGUGUGUUAUGAUGGAGCAGCUGACAGAUGCACUGUACUGGAUCGGUGCUGUCACUGUGGCCUGGCUGUCGCUGAGCACGCUGUGCUGUCUGCUCAACGGGAUUCGCGUGUGGAUUGUGGGCAAUGGGAAUUUGAUGAGGGCGUCCCAACUCGGGAAAUGGGCAGUUGUGACUGGGGCUACCGAUGGAAUUGGAAAAGCCUAUGCGGAGGAGCUUGCUCGACGAGGCUUUGCAAUCGUUCUCAUCAGCCGUACUCAAGAGAAGCUGGAUGAAGUGGCCAAAGCUAUUGAGAACAAGUAUAAAGUAGAGACCAAAACCAUUUCUGCUGACUUUGGAUCUGUGGACAUCUACCCGAAGAUUGAGUCUGGACUGGCCGGACUGGAAAUAGGAGUAUUAGUUAACAAUGUUGGAGUAUCUUAUUCCUACCCAGAGUUCUUCCUCAACAUUCCUAAUAUUGACAGUUUCAUCAACAACAUGAUCAACAUCAACAUUACAUCAGUUUGUCAGAUGACUCGAUUGGUACUGCCCAGGAUGGUAGAUAGGUCUAAAGGAGUGAUCUUGAAUGUUGCUUCAGCGAGUGGCAUGUACCCAUUUCCUCUCCUCACCCUCUAUUCUUCCUCGAAGGCCUUUGUGGACUUCUUCUCCCGUGGUCUUGCUGCUGAAUACAAAAGCAAAGGGAUUAUUAUACAGAGUGUGCUGCCGUUUUAUGUGACGACCAAACUGAGCAAAAUCAGGAGGCCCACUCUUGACAUCCCCUCUCCGGAACGCUAUGUUAAAGCCCAGCUGUGCACUGUAGGGCUGCAGACUCAGUCGAAUGGUUACUUCCCUCAUGCCAUCCUGGGUUGGGUGACAACUGCUCUGCUUCCUGCAAAACUUCUCAACAAAUAUGUGUUGAGCAUGGGGUUGUCCCAGCGUGCACGCUAUCUGAAGAAACAGAAGCAAGGUUAGAAACGGAAAAGGAACAGACAGAGGGAUGGUGUGAUUUAAAGGAAAGGAGGGACCAACCAACCAACCAACCAAAUAAAAUAAAAUCCCCAAUCUCUCUUCCCUUUUGCUAUCAGGGGGCAAGAGCUCUCACUGCUCCUGAGAUGGUUCAAAAUGUAUUUUCCAGACAUUAGCAUGCUGUAUUGAGUCGUAGCUAACUAAAACAUUAUUUGCUUCAAAAGCCUUUGCUGGCAAACAGUUCUUAUUAGUUUGGUAAGACAAUUAUAAAAUAGCUGAACAGUCACUAAAUGAAAGUAAACGUUUAAAGAGAGUAAAUUAGUAGUUCUCUGGUAAUAGUCAUCUGAUGAACAUAAAUAAUAAGAAAAAUGUUCUCAACCUGAAUGAAAUGUCUAUUUGUGCAACAACAUUUCCGUUAACAUAAUUGAUAUGACUGAAAUUAGGCAGGUUGUCGUCAAUCAUUUAAAAAUCGCAUCUGUAACAUCUACAAAAUGGUGCACUUAUAAUCUUGGUCCGUAUUUGCUUUUUUUUUUUUUUUUUUGACUCGGCAGUUGUUUACAAACUAAAUGCACUAUGUGAACUAUCUGUGCCCAUCACAGAUGGUACUGUCAUUUCUAUCUUUAGAGCAUCUUUUGGAGAUGUGAUAAAUAUUGCACUAACUUCUUUGUGGAAAGUUUGUAUACGUCCUGUGUGGUUUACCUUUUAAUGCCGGUACUGCUGGUGACAGAAAGCAAAUUUCAAAGCUAAGAUUGUUAUUCUGUUAUUAUCCGGUCAGUGAUAAUGCAGUAUUUUGUCCAAAACAGAAUUCCUGAAUUCAUUAUAAAUGAAACUGUUCUUGGAAGUCAUAAACAACUUUUACAAGACUAAAGUCUAAGCCCUGAACUCAAGUAUACCUGCUUGUGAAUUGAUCUUGCAUUUCAAAUAAAAACAUUUCUAAAAAUG